AAGGGGGCGGAGGGCAGGCCCGCUUUGGUUUUCGCAGUUUUGGGGGUCGCCCCAGCCAGGACCGGCCCCAGGUCGAAACACCUCUGCGGAAUCGUGAUUUGGUGACGUUACUUCCAUCUCCCGUCAGCUCAGAUGAGGUAACGGAGAAGGGUCGAAAUUCCCCAGAGGGAUGGUUUUGAGGCGGCGAAGCUCGUCGUCUGAGGGGACCGCUGAUAUUUUAACCUGGGUGUACUUCAGUCUGGUGAUUGGUGGUUCAUCCAGCCCGACCGAAACCCCAGCAUCCUGUUCGCCCUUCACAUUAAAGAUGAAAUCUCAGAACUUCCAUCACAACCUGACGUGGGGAUUAAACGACUGUCCUGUUACGCCCACUCGAUUCACGGUGCAAUAUACAGCCAUCAGUCAAGGCGACAAUUUCACCGAGGUCUCCGAGUGCACCCGCACCCCGAGGUUCUACUGCGACGUGACCAACAGAUUCGUAGAUGUCGGGGAGACCUACAUCACCCUAGUGCAGGGCUUCGCCGGGGACCGGGUCUUCACUGAAAAUCUGGAGUUCAUGCCGAUAAAGGACACAACUCUGGGCCCGCCUGAGGUUCACAUCGCUGCUCUGGAGGAUCAGAUUGAAGUCACAGUGCACUUGCCAGAGGGCCUCCUAGAUGACCCCAAAACCCCCUCCAACCCGUGGCCUUUUCAUGAGUUCAACGGGCUCACCGGCACCAUUAAAGUGGCAUCGAUGAACCGUCCCGAAGAGUCUCGCUUGAUUAAAAUCAAGGACAUCCACGGAGGCUUCAGCUCUGUCGUAGAAGGUUUGUUUCUGAACACCAAUUACUGCAUAACCGCUGAGAUACAUAGCCCCUUGAAUACAAAUUCCCAGCCGUCGGACUUAAAGUGCACCGUCCUCGCCUCCAGCGUGAAGUCAGAGCCCAUAAAGUCACAAGUGGUCGGAGGGACAUUUGUGUUUGUUUUUCUGUUGAUCUUCGGCCUCCUCUCUCUGAUGGCCCUGAAAAUCGGAGGCUGCAUUUGCUUAAGGAGAAAGCGUCUCCCCAAAGUUUUGGACAUCUUGACCCUCCCGUUCCGUGUGUUCCAAGACCCGCUCCCCGAGAAAACGUUUCCGGUGGAAAUCAUCUGCCGGCCUGGGCGGAGGAGGCCCCCGAAGCGGAUGCCGAGCGGCAGCGAUCCGAGUGACGACGACAGUGAAGACGAGGAGAGCGAGAGCGGCGGUUACAUGGGCCACGUCCUCUCGUGCAUCGCCACCGUGACCGGGCAGCCCUCCGAGCACGAGGAAGACUCGGAACCCGGAGGGGCCUCCGAGCCGGAGGGGGACCCCGAACCCGAAGAGCCGGGCGGCUGGGGGGCCGGGUCCCUCCACCCCGGCUUGCCCGCCGGGGUGGCCUCGCCCGAGGGCACGGACAGCCGGGUUUGGGAUCCGGUUCCCGAGGAGGACUGCUUCCCCGGUGACCGCCUGGGGAACAGAGGGCACUUCAACAUCGAUUUGAGCUCGGUGUUCGUGAAGAUCGCCAGGGAGGAGGCGGUCGGGGGGAACCAGAGCUCGUCGCCCGCUCCGGAUUGCCCGGUUCAGACCGAGCUGGAACCUCUCCUUCCCGCCGACUUGGGCGUGAAGUCGUCGCCCGCCCCCGCCAGCCCCAGGUGGGACCUCUCGUCCGAAGGAGUGUCCUCCGAGGACGGCGGCUCCUCGGAGGAAGACCUGGGCGACGGAUACAUAACACGAUGACUCUCGGGCAGAUGGGCAAAUCCUCGGCGCUGAGCGAUCCCGGUCUGCCCUGGGGAGAAGGCGCGAGGGAGGCAAGCGCUGGGGCUACAUUUCAGAACAGCCGUCCGGGGGUGGGAGGAGAAGGACAUCGUGCCGUCGGUAGAAAACGCACUUCGCAGCUCCGUUUCUAUUCCUGACAAGUCUCCCCUGCCCGCCGGAGUAUUUUCCUAGUCUGGCUCAUUCCCUCCCCGGAACCAGCCCUGCCCAUGCCCCCAAAGCCAUGGGAGAGUGGACACCUCUGACGGGGCCCACGGUCUCGGGUCAAGGAAUCCAACCCGGGACGAGACCUGAAGCAGUUGGCGGCGGAACCGAAGAGGAAUUCAGUCUGACUUCCAAGUAGGACGCGUUUAAGGGAAAGGGCUUCCAGGCGGGUGGAGUGGAGGCACCAGUGGUGGCCCGAAACAAAAUCCAGGCCGAACUCCGCGUGAGCUGAGGAGAUGGGAGAGAAUUAAGUCACCUCUUCUCUGAGUCCACUCCCUUCACCCCUGGACUCCAGUUAUAUUCUGAAGACGGUUCUCAGAUGACUCUCCAAGUCAGUAGGCUUGGAGGCGCUGAGGAGAUCGGAUAGGAAGACCGCUUACCUAGCUCUGAAGGCCCAGGGAUGGUUUAAUAAUAAUUGUGGUAUUUGUUAAGCACUUACUAGGCUGUGAGCCCACUGUUGG